CCUUCACACUCAGACACGACGGCGCCAAUGGGCAUGUCGCGGGCGCCUCGCUGUCGCGAGUCUCCAGUGCCUCUGGCGAGAGGGCAUUCAUCCCAGUAGAUGGGCCAUACCGAGGCCCGUCGGGACCGUCACACCCUUAUCAGAUGUACUCGCAGGAUACCCGACUGGCAAGGACAAUGAGUGUUGCCACCACAUCAACCACACCAACCGCUCGACCUGAAUCCGAAUACAACGGCCCGACCGGGCCCUCGCAUCCCUACUCUAUGUACCCACAGAACCCAGUCGAGGAGACACCCCGGCAGCCCGCCGUGCCAGCCAUCCCGGUGGGCUUUGUGAAUACCCCAGACCCCUAUCAACGGCGACUCGGGCCGGAAGGUGAGGACAUGGCAGACAUUAUUGGUCCCGACGGUCACACCGAAGAAUUGCCUCCAUACACGAGAUACCCGGACGAGUACUACACACGAAAGAUACGGGACAAUGACGAGUCGCAGCGAGAUGGCGGGGCUUCAGGCGCAGGCCCGUCAGGCGCCGCUGCGGGUGCCGCCGUCACCAUGGCGGCGAUACCAACAGCAUCGAGAUCAGCUGCAGGCGCAACCUCACCAGCACCAAUACCCGGUGCUGGUGGUUUGGGGCUGGCUGCUCGCAACCCGGAGUACGAUGCCCGAUCUGUCGAUGGCUCUGGAGUACUGUCAGGGUCACGACACUCAUCGAGAAGCUUCACAAACGAGAGCCAUCACGAGGUUAACACGGCAGCCGCGGAACUGUCAGAGAAGCCGCAGCUCAGCAAAUAUCAGAAGUUCGCCAAGAAGAAGGCCUGCGGCGUGAUACCAUACUGGGCGCUGGGCCUAACCUUUACUGCCAUUGUGAUCGUCCUCGUCAUCGUCGCGGCUGUGGUCGGGUCUUUGCUAUCGCACCACAAGCCUACAAAUCAUCUGGGAAAUAGUGCCACAAACUACCAAGAUAGCGUGCCCACCAUCACCGUCACGUUUGACGCCACACCGAUCCCCACGCCCUCGAAUUUGCCCGAUCUUGCUGAGGGCUCAUUUGGUCUACCUCUGAACCUGAACCAGGACCCUAACACCUGCUUUAACGACACAUCUCAGACAUCUGCAUGGAGUUGCAAUAUC